UGACACGAGUUGAGACUUUUGCUGGCACGUGGGUUCGCCACAUGGCCUCAAGCCGGCAGCUGAAGACCCGCCAGCAGAUGGGAGGAAUCUCUCCAUACCCACACGCAGUAGUGCGGGCUGCAGCAGACCGCUGUCGAUGUUACAAUGCCUUACAGAUUUGCUGCCCCAGCAACUUUUUUUGGGGGGGCCGCAUAGUGGAAACGAUACCCCCCUAUAUUAUUGUACAUCUGCGGGGCACCAUGUUCUGGGGAAAAAAUGUGUCUUUAUAGCGGGGAGUUUCCUUAAGAAGAGUGUCUUUAAAGCGGGGACGACUGGCGCAGACCUCACGGGCGAUUUGUGGUCCGCAGCUCUGCUCGCCCACAACCCGUCCCUCGUCCGCAACACCCACCUGGCCUAUUAUCGCGCGGGUGCGGAUGUCGCCACGAGCGCGAGCUACCAGGCUUCGUUCGAGGGUUUCCUGCGCAAGGGAAUAGGUCCAGAGCGGGCGGAGGAGCUCCUUCUCCUGAGCGUAAGGCUGGCAGUCGAGGCCCGAGAUCAGUUUUGGGCCGAGUACCAAGAAGAGCGUCCUGCCUCUCGUCCUGCCCCAACGAAGCAGCAAACCUUACAACAGCCAUCACAAACAACGGCGACGACUUUUGUAGAAGAAGAGAAUCCCAAGCAGCAUCAACAGCCGCUCAGCGGGUCCGAGGGACGACCACACCGACGACGACUGCGGCCGCUUGUUGCCGCCAGCCUUGGGUGCUACGGAGCGGUGCUCGCCGACGGUUCGGAGUACCGAGGGGACUACGUCGACACGCCGGCGGGAAGCCUCAAGGAGUUCCACGCCAGGCGACUGGAAAUCCUGGCGAGGGCGGACGGUGUCGACAUGGUCGUGUUCGAGACGGUCCCUUGCCUUGCGGAAGACUUCCGUCCAAGCGUCAGCGCGGUGAUCAGCGUGUCGUGCAAAGAUGACCAGCACUUGAGAAGCGAAGAACGCCUCCAAGAUUUUGCCGACCUCAUCUGGCGGCGUGCCGAAGAGCAAGAUGCCACGGAGGGACCACCAGCGGUGAAGGCGACCACGACGACGAUGACGACCCGGCCGGCGUGCGUCGUAGCCGUCGGGGUGAACUGCACAUCGCCAAGCCACGCCGCGGGGGCCCUGCGGACGCUAGCGGCGGCGAGGGCGAGGCCGGAUGCGCGACACGGCGCGCCUCGGGAAACCCCGCCGUCCCGGAUCGCGCUUGUGGCAUACCCCAACAGCGGCGAAGAGUGGGACGCCAGCGCCAGGGAUUGGGUGGAAGGGACCGGGUUGCGUGAAGGGAGGGCAGGAGGAGGAGGAGGAGCGGAGGAGUUUGGGCGCAUGGCGCGGGACGAGUGGUUCGCCGCGGGCGCGAGGGUGGUCGGCGGGUGUUGCAGGACUCGCCCGGCCCACGUUACGGAGAUCCGACGAGCGCUCGCUUCGGCCGCGGAAGAAAGGGUGCAGGAGGGAGAGGGGCAGAAGCGCUCGGCUUGGCAUCAAGAGCCGUCGUGACUUCCCUCUCUCUCUUCUGUAAUAGUUGCCUGGGUUCGCUGCGUGGUCUUGUCUACGGGGGUCCAGGAGGGGGAGGGGCGGCCCCCGGUUUCGCAUCAAGAGUCAUCGUGAUUUCCCCUUUCUCUUCGGGUGGUUGUAGAAGCCUGGGUUUGCUGUGUGGUUUUGUCUUUGCGGGGUGCGCACGAGCUUUCAGCAGGGAGCCUCGCUUUUUUUGUUGGGGCCUUUGCCAGGUACCCCCGAAAACUACGAGAGCGUAGAUAGCAAAGAGGGAGAGAUUGGAUGAACGACUCGAGCGUCGCCAAAUAUUCGUUGCUAUUGUAUGAUAUGCGCAGGUUAUUACAUGAAGGCCCUCUCUCUUUCUCACCCGCACGCACGCCGAUCAAUAAUAUUUUCUGUUGCCAAUAGGAACUCGGCAAAACGAUGGUGCGGACAUUUUUUUGGGAUAAUGUUAUGAGGACGUUCGUUUUACCCCGACUCAUAUGGUGUUAGCGUGUAGGCCGUUUUGUGCCUUGUUGUAGCCAGGAGGUUCUUCCAUCGACCGUCUUUCUCGACGUUUCUCUGGGUUCGAGGGUGGAUAAGAAAG